GGAAGGGCGAAUCUUCUGAGAUGGCACCCCCCCCCCCGCCGGGCAGGGAGGGCCGCAGGCUGAGUCACCUGCGCAGCACAGGCUCCCGAGCUCUGGUCUCUGGCGGCGGUAACGUUAUCCACUUUUUUAAGGCUGUCACCCUGUUCGGCAGAAACAGCGGGGUUGUUGACUAUUGUCUCAGUUCUUCUGCCGCCAUCACCAUAGACCUCAAGUAUAUCUCACGUAUCCACGCGCGGGUGAUUCGGACGCCCAGCGCAUACAUCCUCAUGGACUCCAGCCUGUCAGGAGUCUACAUCAACGACAUCCGUAUCAAUGGUAGACUAGUUUUGCAAGAAGGAGAUACUGUUACUUUUGGCCAUCCUACUGGAAAAAACCUGCCCCUGGGAAGCCACACGCAACAGCCAAACUCUCCUUUUUAUUUUCUGGUGAGGCUUUUCUUUUCCCUGCGUGUUGUGUUUCUGCCUCUGUGUGAGCUCCUCGGUAAGGCGCAAACCUGUCCCCAGAAUCGAGGACGGGGCGAGCAUCUCUCGGUGCACCGAGAGCAUUGUGCGAACUGCGCCCUGCAGGCGGCCUGGAGCAUCGGGAGAAGUGGCGCGAGGGGCCGCUGCCCCAAAGCCGGGCCGCCGUCCACGGUCCCUCGCUAG